AUCAAUCUAUUUAUUUAUUUUGCGAGUGACAACAGUGGGAGCUAGGAUUCACGUGAGCUGAUGCCAUUGCCCUUCGACAAUGUGCCCGAUAUAGCUCGCGAUCAGUUAUUUGAAUCUUCGUGAGUCAAAAUGUUUCAGAAGAACUCAAAAAUCGACAUGGCAGGGGAGUUGCAGCUGAAGCGAUUCGGUCGGCUCUUGGAGGAAUUCUGUCAGCAGAGACAGAACCUGAGCAGCAGCACCUGCGUGGAGUCGCGGUGGGCGCCGGUUGCCCUGAGCACCGCUCCUUCGGAGCAGGCCGACCUGCUGCACUUGCUGACGUCGGCCUCGAGAUGCAGCAGUUUCAACAAGGCGGCGGCCGCCGUGUCGGCGACGGUGGUGGCCGCCGACCAGGUGCACCGGGAGGCCACCGUCCUGUGCCAGGGCCUCUUGUUCUACGGCGAAGGCCCCAUGAGGGACCCUUCGGAGGGCGCCGCCUACGUCAGCCGCAUGCUGGCGCCCCUGCAGACCCUCAGGGUGGUCGUGGCGACGGCGGGCCGCGUGCUGGCCGCCGGCCUCGGCCACCUGGAAGCCCUGGCCACCCUGACCGAGGCCAAAGGCGGCCUCCUGUUCUCCUCGUGGACGCCCGAGCUGAGUUUGCACCAACUGGUCGACUCGAUCGCGCAGGUGCUCUUCACCCUGAUCACCAUUCAGGAGGUCAUGUCCAGCUGCACCCUUCUGCAAACGCACUGGACCGUGUUCAAACGCACCCUGAAGGCGGCGGCUCAGGAGGCGGACCACCUGAACAAUAACAAACUCAACUGUCUGCAAGCCGUCGUGUCCGAACUGGAAAAGAAACUCAUCUCCGGAGACGUCUUCAAGUCGAGUCUCAGAAGGGCCGUCGACGAGGCCAAACCGGGACUGUCGUCCACGACAAUCGAGCACCUGAUGCGCUACGUCAGGGUGCAAGUGACGGAACUGGACAUGGAGGUCGGCAACCACGAGUGCUGGCUCAAGGCCUCUGCCGUCUACGUCCUGGCCGCACACCUCGGCGCCGCUGCCGACCGGAAGACCUUUAAAUUGGUCUGGGAGCCGUACAAAAAGAUUUCGGCUGUAAACAUCAUGGGCACAGUUUUGUGGCUUCCCGAGGUAUUUUUCUCGGCAUACCUUCCGAGCGGACAACAGCUGCUCGACAAGAAAAGCAAAGCCUCGGCGUCCGGAGGAAGGGAGUCGCAGCUGCAGCAGCGGUCUCAGGCGCUUCCCAAGGACGCACAUGUUUACUUUUUCAUCGUGUGUGACUGGUUGAUCCAGUUGGACGCGUGCAUGCGAAGAGACACGACGCAGCUCAAGCUGGACGACCUGCACACCAAGUGCGCCAUCCUGCUCCAGGGUUUAGAAUUUGUGCAGAGCAUGAGCCAGAUGGUGAAGACCUUUUUCAACCUGCACGCACACCUGGGCGUGCCGAUCGCCAGGUCUUCCGUGGUCAAUUUGUGCAAGCUAGUCGAGCUGAUUAAGCACAUCGAAGGUGCCUACCAGGUCAGGUCGAUCGCGUUCGCCGAGUCGCUCAACCACCUGAUCCAGCACCUCACUUAUCAGCUUCUGCUCAUCGUCGCCAGCAUGAAGAAAAACCUUCCUGCUGACAACAAACGCAACAGUUCAGCGAGGACGGAGGCGUUGGCGGCGCUGCAGGUGAUGGAGCUGUGUCUGCAGGGGCCGUGCAGCGCCGAGAGACGCCUGCUGGUGCGGACGUCGUUCAGCUGGGCCGCGCAGCUGCGGAGCGUCUCGCUUGAGGAGCUAAAUUCCUUCCGCAGCCUGCUGUCCAAGCUGGAUGCCAUGUGCGAGUUGAGGGAAAGACUGCGGCACUCGGCCGACUGCUCCUUUCUCUACUGGCACCGUGUUGUCCUGCCCAUCCACUUCAGCCGCAUGCUCGACAACGCCGCUGACCUCGCAAGACUCAAAUACCUCUUUGCCGCAUUUCAAGACUGCUCGACUGCGAUGGAAAAUGUAAAGCACUUGGGUAGUCCCUCCACUCUCCAAUCGCAGUUCAAAAAUGAAAUGUUUGCUGUUCUGAAGUUAAAGUUGCUUGAUCCGUUGUGCCAAGAGAUUGAGACUGACUUGAGGCUGCGAGUGCACUCCCACCUUCAGGUGCCGGAUGGCUCAAGGAGCAAUUUCCAGUGCAUGCUGCAGGCAAUGCCGCUCAGAUUUUUUGACGACCUCCUCAGCAUCCCAGCCUACGUGGAACAGUACCUGAGCGCCACGUUCUACAACCUGACGACGGUGGCCCUGCACGACUGGAAGGCGUACGGCGAGAUGCGCGUGGUGGCCCUGCACCGUUACGGCGUCAGCGCCGUCCAAGACCACCUGCCGAGUCACACCCUGGAGCAGGGUCUGGACGUGCUGCACGUCACGCGAAACCUUCCCGCCUUUGUCGCCAGCCAUGUGUACAACCUGAACAACCAGGUCUUUGUCGAGAAGCACAGUGGCAACAAGUAUCUCAACACCAUCGGCGUGCAGCACGUCGCCAACUCUGUCAGGACGCACGGCACCGGCAUCAUCAACACCACGGUGAACUUCACGUACCAGUUUCUGAAGAAGAACUUCCAGUCAGUGUCGCAAUUUCUGUUUGACGCUCGCAUCAAGUCGCGGCUGAUGAAGGACUUGCGACACUUCCACGAGACCAAGGAGCAGAGCGACCAAAAGUAUUCCUUCUCACGCGCCGACAAGUUCAACCAGGGAAUCCGCAAACUGGGCGUCGCGCCCGACGGCUCCAGCCUCUUGGACCAAUUCAGAAUGCUAGUCACGCAAAUAGGAAAUUCAAUGGGCUACGUCCGAAUGAUGCGCUCGGGGAGCAGGCUGUACAUCUCGAAAGCGAUCAGCUUCGUGCCCGACCUCGAGGACGUGGUGUCCUUUGAAAAACUGGCCUCGGAAGAAGGCCUGUCGGAGCUCAACCUUCAGGCGGCCAAAGAGCUCGAUUUGGUGCUCAAUUCGUUGCUCAGCAACUUUGACAAAGGCAUCGAAUACUUCCAGUUGCUGGUCGACGUUUUUACGUCGGUGUCCAAGGACCCGAAAAACUCUCACCUCAAGUUGUUCCACGCGAUCGUGCCUCCGCUGACAAUAAACUUUGUUGAACACAUGGUCACGUGCAAGGACAAGCUGAACAAGAAUCUGCGAGAAGGCGCAGCUUUCACUGACGAUGGCUUUGCCAUGGGCGUGGCCUACUUGCUCAAGGUCUUGGAACUGGAUUCCGAGUUUGACUCUCUGCACUGGUUCCACUCCAUCAAGGACAGGUACGAGUCUGAAAAGGUAGAGCUGAAGGAGCAAACCCUGAAUAUUAAAAAGGGCGACGAGAAGCUGAAGCAGACGCUGGUCCUCACGGAGAAACGAAUCGAAACUUAUCAGCAAGAAUUUGAGCUGUUGUUCUUCAACCUGAGCAGUGCCAGGAUAUUUUUCAAAAGGUAUACGGAGGCGAUUGACGCAAAACCUGAAGCAGACACCCCUGUGAAUUAAUUGAAUACGAUUUCAUGCGCUGCAAUGUGAUAUUUUUAUAUAAUCAAAAAUGUUUGGAAAUAAUUUUAUGUGAAUUAACUGCUUGCCAAAGAAGGGUUUGUUUAAUGGUUAAAAAAAUAUUUUUGUCUUCAUAAAGGAGAUCUAACUGCAA